UUUUUCUCCUGUAGAAAACACGACAUGUGUUAAUGAACUCGUCCGAUUAUUUUCCCAGAACCCAAAGCAAACGUUGGCAUUAUCUUUAAGUCCAGUCCGAGUCUACAGAAAUUUCGUUGUUCUGUUACCGCCAAGCAUAUCGAGUGAACGUAUUGACGCAUUUAGAAUAAAAACAAGAGUGAUGGCUGUGAUUCAAACUGAAGUAACGUUAUUCCUAUUUCAAGCGUGGGUUUUACUAACUUGUCUAGCGUCAUCGCUGCUUAUGACCGAUUCGGGCUAUGGUAAAUUCAAACUAACGUCGGUGCUUCGUUCCUCCUCGAACCAAAGUAUAAUACCAAGGCAAAAUUUAAACAUGGAAGUGAUACUUGUAAAUUGUGAUGUCUCUAACCGAUUUCAUAACGACAAAUGUCAGACAAUCAUUUGACAAUGAGGGCGACGAUAAAGAUCACAAAGAAAAGAUUACGCAUUUUGGGCGGAUCCAAAGUGAAUUUGAAUACCACAAAGGAGAGCUGAAAACAAUCAACAGAGAAAUCAAAUUGACGGGAUUGCUCAUGGGCUACUCCCAACACGAGGAGAAAAUUAAGCAAAGCUUAUUGGCUUUGCAUCAGUACCUUGAACAUCCUGACGAAAACAAUCGACACAUUUUCAUGAGGGAAGCGGCCAGUCUCACCAGCAGCAUCAGUGUCAUUGUCGACGGAUUGCUGGGGCAAAACGCUUUCAAUCCGGAUAUUAUGGCCGUCAUGCUAGACUCUAUCGGAGUAAGUAACGUACAGAUAAAAAUUUAUAAGAUCAAACUUCCGUUUUGGUUAAUUUUCCCUCAUUAUGGGCAGUGCCAUGGGCGACAAUUGCACAAGAAAAUCAAGUUCAUAAUGAGCAUAGUUAUGACCGGACUUUGGGUGCGCGGUGAGUACCAAAGAAUGAGGAACUUAACAGAGCUGGACAGUUCGCAUUUCAAGAAUUUUAUCCUGACGUCAACGAUUAAAUUGACUAAGAGGCUCGACGACAUGGUCAUCGACUGUCAAGCGGAUGAGAAAAACGUCAGCCAAGAGAUGCGCAAAAUUAUGAAAAGCCAAACGUCCCGCGGUAUAAAAUCUAUUGCCGAUUCUCUGCUCAACUUCCUCGAAGACAAAUACGAUACCAAAAAGUGGAUCGUCGUUGUCCUACCGAAUUUGUCUGAAAAUUUGAUCGCCACACAUGGAAAUUGGUCGGGAAUCACAUCCGAAAAAUGGCACUACGUUCUCGAAAAAAGGAAUAAUCGCUCUGGCCGUUUCGGUGAAUCAAAGCGACUGGUCAAAAUUCGUCUACCAAUCGGCCAGUAAUCUUUUAGAAAAAUUCGACAUUCCUAUACGAACGUCCCCUGGUUUACUAUUUGGUAUUCAAAGAUAUUACGUGAAUGCCAAACAAAUUCACGAACAUCUCAACCGUUCCCUGUUGCCACUUCGAGCCCACAGCCGGGCGGACAUCCAAACUCUUGUGGUCGAAGUGGAUCCUGCCAAAGUGACUAUCGCGGCCUCUAAUGGAACGGAAUAUUUGCGACUCUCUAAUCAAUUCAAUUGCUGUCACUUGGUGAUGGUCGUAAUCAAGUCCUCCGAUUCAGAUUCUAUUCCCGCUGCUAAUAAUCAACACAUUUGCGC